AUGGCUUUGGAAACCAUUCUUGCCAUUGUGCCAACCGUUAUUGAGUGCACUUUUGGCCCUGUCAAACGACACCUCAGUUAUGCUUUCAACUACAAAAGCAAAGUGGAAAAGCUCAAGAAUCAGAUCAAAAAGUUGACGAGUCAAAGAGAUGGUUUGCAGCAGUCUGUUGAUCAAGCGACAAGGCAAGGGGACAGGAUCAAUGACAAUGUUCAAGAGUGGCUGACUAGCGUGAACAAAGCCAUCGAAGAAGCUGAGGAAGCCGUCAUCGGUGAAGAACAGGCAAAGGAGAGGUGUUUUUUCGGAGUGAUUCCUAAUUUGAAGAAGCGCUACCAGCUUAGCAAAAAAGCAGAGAAGGAAGCUUUAGCAGUUGUUGAGCUCCAGGGGGAAGGCAGAUUUGAUCGGAUUUCCUACCGUCCCCUUCUAGAGCCAAUAGUGACUCCAUCUGUCUAUGAUAACGAGGCCUUGCAUUCAAGAGUAUCUAUUUUGAAGAAAGUAAUGGAUGCGCUGAUGGAUCCUGAUGUCAACAUGAUAGGGGUGUAUGGAAUGGGUGGUAUCGGAAAAACCACUCUAGCGAACGAAAUCCACAGGAAAGCAAUAGAAGACAAGUUAUUUGAUGUUGUAGUUAUGGCUACAGUGUCUGAGACACCAGAGCUUAGAAAAAUUCAAGGGACUAUUGCUGAUAUGCUGGGCAUGAAAUUAGAAGAGGAGACUGAAGAAGGAAGGGCAUGUCGACUGCGUCAACGGUUAAUAAAUGAGAAGAAGAUCCUUAUAAUUUUGGAUGACAUUUGGGAACAACUUGAACCAGAGAAAGUAGGAAUUCCUUUCGGAAGUGAUCACAAAGGAUGUAAAUUAUUGCUGACGUCAAGAAGAGAAGAUUUGUUGUCUCGAGAGAUGGGUACCCAAGCGAGUUUUGAGCUUCGAGUUCUGUCAGUAGCAGAGGCAUGGAUUGCAAGAGCUUUGAAGAAUAAGGACUUACACGAAUGGAAGGAUGCCUUGAAGGAACUAUCUAGGGUUGAUAAUGAAGGAAUUCAGGCAAAAGUGUACUCAGCGCUGGAGUUGAGCUACAAUCAUCUAGCCAGUGAUGAAGUCAAGUCAUUUUUCCUGCUUUGUGCUCUAUUUGCUCAGAGUGAUAUUCGAGUCAGAGACUUGUUGUUGUACGGUAUCGGUUUGGAUUUGCUUAGAAGCAAAAAUACAGUGGAGGACGCAAGAAACAGAGUAGAUAAAUUGAUAAGUGGCCUCAAAGCCUCUUGCUUGCUACUAGACGGUGAAAAGAAUGGGUCGGUGAAAAUGCAUGACGUUGUUAGAGAUGCUGCUCUCUCAAUCGCAUCUAAAUCUCAACUUCUGUUUACAUUCAGAGAUAUAAUUGAAUUGAAGGAAUGGCCAACCAGGGAUCUCAGAAACUGCUCCAAAAUUUCUUUACCUUACUGUGAAAUACAUGAGCUUCCUGAACAGUUGGAGUGCCCAGAAUUAGAGUUGCUUGUCCUCGGCAAGGGAUAUAUUCAUUCGAAAGGCCCUGAUUUGAAAAUCUCUGAUUUAUUUUUUGAGAGGAUUACAAAGCUCAAAGUACUGCAUUUCACCGGGAUGUGUUUAUGGUCCCUGCCUCCAUCUCUUGGUUACUUAACAAACAUUCUUACCUUGUGUUUAGAACAAUGCGCAUUGCGGGAUGCAUCUGUCAUAGGUGACCUGAAGAGAUUAGAGAUCCUUAGCUUUCGUGGAUCUAAGAUAGAACAGCUACCGAGAGAAAUAGCGCAUUUGACUAGGCUAAAAUUGUUAGAUUUGAGCUGCUGUGGCAACCUCAAAAUCAUUCCAGCAAAUGUCAUAUCAAGGUUAUCCUUGUUAGAGGAAUUGUACAUGCAAUCUAGUUUUUGUCAAUGGGAGCUUGAAGGUCUCAGCAAUUCAAGCAACGCAAGCCUUGCUGAGUUGAAAUACCUGUCUCACUUGACAACAUUGGAAAUAGAUAUUCCAGAUGCCAAGAUGUUACCGAAAGACUUGUUCUCCAAUAAGUUGGAAAGGUAUAGGAUUGUCAUCGGAAAAGAGUGGUAUUGUGGUGAUAAGUAUGAAUCCUCUAGGAUGCUAAAGCUUAAGCUAAAUACAAGCAUUCACUUGAAGCAUGGAGUUAAUACGUUUUUGAAGGAAACAGACGAUCUAUCGUUGGAUGAAGUGAAGGGGAUCAAGAGCAUUUUGUAUGACCUGAAUUGGGAAGGUUUUCCACAAUUGAAAUAUCUCCAGAUCCGGAAAGGUUACGACAUUCAGUAUGUUGUUAACUCAACAAAGCGGGUCCCUUGUAAUGCCUUUCCCAUCUUAGAGUCUUUGUCUUUGUGGAAUUUGGCGAGCUUGGAGAAGAUUUGUCAUUGCCAGCUCACAACAGGGUCUUUCACCAGAUUAAGAAUCUUAAAAGUCAGAGAAUGCAAUAGAUUGAAGAAUCUCUUCUCAAUCUCCAUGGUUAGAAACCUUUCUCAACUUCAAGAAAUGGAAGUAAGUUAUUGCGAGAACAUGGAAGAAAUUGUGGUUGAUGAGAGUGAAGUUGGUGAUGACAAAAUUGAAGUGGCUGAGUUCACUCAAUUACGCUCCUUGGAACUACGCCGUCUUCCGGUACUUAAAAGCUUUUGCUUCAAAGUGAAGGAACUGCCCAUAUUGCAAACGCAGUCGACAAGUGAUGGAGGAUUCAAAGGAAUUGCGUUGCAGGAUGAGAUCCAUACUCCAUUGCCACUUUUUGACAAAAUGGUUUCCUUCCCCAACUUGGAGAAGUUGGGUGUAUACUCAGUAGGCUGUGAAAACAAGCAGCAUGAUGAACUCUUUGGAGUUUCUUCAAACCCAAUGAGGUCAUCUGUCUUGGCCUGCCCGGAUUUGAAGUUUUUAUUUACAACUUCGUUUGUCAAAAGCCUUUUGAAACUCCAGAAACUUUACAUACAAGACUGUGAGUUCAUGGAAGGGAUAGUACUUACAGAAGAAUUUGUAGAAGAAAGGAUGAAUAAGAUACUCUUCCCUAAUCUAGAUAAGCUGAAUCUCAAGAAUCUUUCAAAUCUCACAAGAUUCUGUGAUGGGUAUUUAAUUGACUUUUGCUCUUUGACCGAUCUAUCAAUAGAUAAGUGCCCUGCAUUUAGGACUUUUGUCUCCAAUCCUCUUUGUGCAGACAUUAAGGUCAGCAAAAAACCCAAAGAAGUGGACUUGGAGAGAAACCAAGACACCACAUUUCCGCCUCUUUUUGAUGAAAAGGUUUCAUUUCCUAGCUUGAAGCUAAUGUGCAUUAUUAGCAUGAGUAACUUGGAAAGGACAUGGCACAGCCAACUCGCUGAAGGUUCCUUUUACAAACUAAAUUCAAUUUAUAUUCGGGAUUGUAAAAACAUAGAGACUCUUUUUCCAUCAAAUGACUUGGGAAGAUUCCGAAAAUUGGAGGGGUUGCAGUUAGUUGAUUGUCAUUCACUGCAAGAGAUAUAUCAACUGGAAGGGUUCAAUGCUGAAGAAACAAGUUCAGUCAUGUCAUUUGAUUUGAAUCAUCUUUGUAUAUCUGGCCUCGAAGGAUUGAAACACAUAUGGAGUAAAGAUCCACAAGGAAUUUUCACCUUCCAAAAUCUGAAUUACAUAGAGGUUCUAAACUGUAAGAUUCUUAACAAUUUGUUUCCCUCCUCCAUAGCUAAAGAUCUUUUGCAACUUAAAAAGCUUGAAUUGGUCAAUUGUGGGAUAGAAGAGAUUGUUACAAAGGCAGAAGGUGUAGAAGAAGUCCCAUCUUUUGUGUUCCGUCAGCUAGUCUCCUUGAGACUUGAUGGCCUACCGAAAAUUAGGAAUUUUUAUCCAGGUACAUGUAGUUUGGAAUUCCCAAAAUUAAAAUAUUUGACAGUGCAUCGAUGUGGAAAAGGAAAAGAAUUUGCUUCGGAAUUCUUUAAUCUCCAAGAAAAAUAUGGAGAGAAGCAAUGCAACAACCCGAUUCAACAACCCAUGUCCUUGGUGGAAAAGGUUUUCUUCAGUUUGGAGAGGUUGUCUCUAGACGGUAAGAUGAUUGAGACGAUAUUGCAAUGCCAAUUGCCAAAAGGUUUCCUUUCCAAAGUAAAAUCUGUUCGCCUGUACCACAUUCAUGAGAAAUCAACUGUUUCUCUUUUUGGAUUCCUGCAAAGAUUACCCGAUCUGGAAAGUCUAUUUGUGCAAGAAUCUUCCCUCAAAGAGUUAUUACGAAAUGGACUUGAUGAUGGUGAAAAAGAAGAUGAUGGCACCACACUACCACUGAUAAGAAACUUAAAUCUUUAUCACCUUCAAAAUCUGGAGCAUAUCUGGAAGCCACACCCUCGGCUGGACAUUGUUCUUGAAUAUGUAGAAACUAUGACAGUACGGGGUUGCGCUAAUUUGAUCAAUAUAACACCAUCCUCUACAUCUUUCCGAAAUCUAACAACUUUAGAAGUUGGUUUUUGCAAAGCAUUGAAACAUCUGGUAACAUCAGCUACAGCCAAAAGUAUGGUGCAACUCAUGAAGAUGAAGAUUCUAACUUGCAAGAUAUUGACAGAAAUAGUAACAGAUGAAAGAGAUGGAAGAACAGAAGAGAUUGUAUUCAGCAGAUUGAAAAUUUUGGAACUCAUUCAUUUAAAAAGCCUUGAAGGAUUCUGCUUGGGUAGUUUAACCUUCAAAUUCCCAUGUUUGGAAGUAGUAACCGUGAGUGGAUGCCCCAAUAUGAGGACCUUUUCUGAUGGAGUCUUAAGCACACCAAAGCUGCAGUGCGUACAUCUGCAAGAAAUUCAUUUUCAGAGUUGGCGUUGGGAGGGCAACCUUAAUGCCACCGCACAGAAGUCCUAUUUGGAAAUGGAAGGAUUUUACGAAAUUUGGAAUAUGAAACUCUCUAAAUUUCCCCAUCUAAAGGAAAAAUGGCAGAGUCAACUUCCGUUAAAUUUUUUAGUGAAUAUUAGCAAAUUGACAGUGGACAAGUGUGAAUUUUUGUCAAAAGCCUUGUCAUCAAAUCAAAUGCCGUUCUUGAAAAGGUUGAAGGUGCUGAUUGUAGAACAAUGUGAUUCAAUAGAAGAAAUAUUUGAUUUGGGUGGUAUGAAUGCAGAUGAAGGGCAUGUUGGGCUGAUGCCAUGGUUACAGGAAUUGCAUUUAAUUGAUCUACCUCAGUUGAGGCAUAUAUGGAACAAGGAUCCUCAAGGAAUUUUGAGUUUUGAAAACCUAAAACUACUGAAGGUUUAUAACUGUAGCAGCUUGACAAAUAUAUUAACUCUUCCCAUGGCUUUGGGGCUUGUGCGACUAGAGCGUAUGGAAGUAAAGAGAUGCAGUUUGUUGGAGCAGAUUAUCAACGAAGAAGGGGAAAAGGAAGAUGAAGGAGAGUGGGAUAAGACCAUAUUCCCUUCAUUACACACCAUCAAUCUUGAGAGUUUGCCUAGUUUAACAAGUUUUUAUUCUGGAAGUGACGUUUUGAGAUGUCGAUCCUUGAAUAAAGUUGAUAUAGUUGACUGCCCCAAGAUGUUGAAUCCGUUUCCACAGUUUCGGUGAAAUAUGACUGGAGCAUGAUUGUUAAGGGACACAAAGAAGCUCCUUUCAAGGUCAGUUUAAGAAGUUAUAUAUUAAUCUUUAUGCUCUUGUGAUCAUCCUUGUUUCUUAAAAUUAACAAGGUGCUUCUUUCCUAACAUUCUCACUUUCACCAACAAUGUAUUCUUCC